AUGGAGACAGCUAGAAUAGCAUUCGCACCGAUACACCUGAAACAACAGCAGCAGCAGCAGCAGCAGCAGCAGCAGCAGCAACAGCAGCAGCAGCAGGAGCAGCAGCAGCAGGAGCAGCAGCAGCAGCAACAGCAGCAGGAGCGGCGGGGACUCAAGCAGCAGCAGCAGCAGGAGCAGCAGCAACAACACAAGCAGCAGCAGCAACACCAGCAGCAACACCAGCAGCAACAACAGCAGCAGCAACACCAGCAGCAGCAACUGCAGCAACAACAGCAGCAGCAACACCAGCAGCGACAACAGCAGCAGCAACACCAGCAGCAACAACAGCAGCAGCAACACCAGCAGCAACAACAGCAGCAACACCAGCAGCAGCAGCAACACCAGCAGCAGCAGCAGCAGCAGCAGCAGCAGCAGCAUAUGUGUUACCCUUUCCGUUGUAUCUAG